AUGGUAAGUGGAAUGGCCCAAAACGGCGCCGUUGAGAGAAGGUACUGUGGCCUUGUCGGAAGCUGUGUCACUCCAGCUAAGACAUCAUCAUCAUCGUCAAUUCAUUGCAAGAAGAGAAGAGAAGACACUGUUGGGGGCUCAGCCGCGGGUGGGUCCCAUCGCCUUCCCUCAACUGGCCCCAUUCACCGCUUACUCAUAAUUUCCUCUUACUUUAUUAUUUCUGCAAAUUCUACUGUGUGCGAUGCGAUGUCUGUCUGUCUGUCUUUGAUGUUGUCCACGAUUCUUCAUACUUGUGUGUCAGCUUUGAGCUGGGUUACUCUUGCUGACUUGCUGUUCAAUCUCCAAAUCCCGAUAAUAUUCGGCCCGAUUAGCAUGUCGGGCCUUUACAAUCCCAACUUCUCCCCUGCGAGGGCUGCUUCUCCACAAAUUAGAAGCACAUCAGACGUAGACAGCAACCAGUAUUUGUCGGAGCUUUUGGCGGAGCAUCAAAAGAUUGGCCCUUUCAUGCAAGUCCUUCCCAUCUGUAGCAGACUCUUGAAUCAAGAAAUGUUACGGGUUACUGGGAUGAUGCCGAAUCAAAGCUUUGGCGAAUUUGAGAGAUUAAGACAUAGAAGUCCCAGCCCAAUGGCUUCAUCAAACCUUCUAUCUAAUGUUGCUGGGACAGGAUUAGCUAGCUGGAAUGGACUUCCUCAUGAGAGAUUGAGUGGGCCUCCUGGAAUGUCGAUGGACUGGCAAGGAGCACCAGCAAGUCCCAGUUCAUACACUGUGAAAAGGAUUUUGCGCCUAGAAAUUCCUGUGGACAACUAUCCUAAUUUCAAUUUCGUUGGGCGACUCUUGGGACCUAGAGGAAAUUCAUUGAAACGAGUGGAAGCCUCCACAGGAUGCCGUGUUUAUAUUAGAGGAAAAGGUUCAAUAAAGGACCCUGACAAGGAAGAGAAGUUACGUGGAAGACCAGGCUAUGAGCAUCUUAAUGAGCCACUCCAUAUCCUGAUUGAGGCUGAUUUACCAGCCAACAUUGUCGACAUCAAACUGAGACAAGCCCAGGAGAUAAUAGAAGAACUGCUGAAGCCAGUGGAUGAAUCACAAGACUAUAUAAAGAGGCACCAGUUACGUGAGCUAGCCCUGCUAAAUUCCAAUUUUAGAGAAGAGAGCCCUGGACCAAGUGGCAGCGUAUCACCUUUCAAUACUAGUGGAAUGAAACGUGCAAAAACAGGACGUUGAGUUGCAAAAUCCCUAAAGCUGUGUUCUGUCAUCAACUGAGUCAUACUUGUCACGUGUCAUUUAUGACAUCUAGGCAAACAGGAUAUUGUGGUUGAUGCGUGAUUGGUUUUCUUUGUUCCUAGUGUCUCGAAUGGAAUACAGAAACAGAGAGGUGGGAGAAGACCAAAAAAACAAAAUGAAGAUUCUUAAAUUUGUUGAUCUUAAAGUGGGCUAUGGCUAUGGCUAUGUUUGUUUUUGCAACUUCAUUCAUUGAAUUGAUUCUUGUGUUAGUGUGUGAUAUAUUGUUAUUGUUAUUGGUACAGAGUAGCUUCAAGAAGUCACAGAUUUUGUAAUCAAUUCGUCACCACAGACUACUAUUUUAAACUUGAUUUUGGGACACACUUAAAGCUUCAGCAAGGUCUAAUGUGUUGUUAAAAACAGUCAGUUGUGUGCAGUGAGGCAGGUUUUGCUGGCAGACAAGUAUGAUGUCUUCAGUUAUUUCAUUUUUCCAGUACAUGAUUUGUGGCUGUAUAAUGUCAUAAAUGUUUCAUCUGUUUCAUUGCUUUGCCUUUGUACUAUAUAAUAUAUUAUUAGACUUUGAAGGCUGUUUUUUGCUACACUCUGAGGAAUUAUUCUACCAGUUGAUUGUUA